AUGAAGCUCUCCUUGACUUCUGCUGCCCUCGUGCAGCUGCUGUUCGGCAUCGCGCAGCCCUCUCUCGCGGCCCCGAGCCAGAGCACCAUCCCGAAGCUGGGCGCCGUCGCAUCCGAGUCCAGUGUCUGCAGCCGCAUUGGCACCGACCUCCUCGAGGAGGGAGGCAAUGCCGCCGACGCGACGGUGGGCACCGUCCUCUGCGUCGGUGUCAUCGGCAUGUACCACAGCGGCAUCGGCGGCGGCGGCUUCAUGCUCAUCCGGUCGGGCAACGGGACCUACGAGUUCAUCGACUUCAGAGAGACCGCCCCGGCCGCCGCCUUCGAGGACAUGUACAGGAACAACAAGAGCGCAAGCAUAUACGGAGGCCUAGCCAGCGGUGUUCCCGGCGAGCUGCGUGGUUUGGAGCACCUGCACAAGAAGUACGGCAAGCUGCCCUGGGCAACAGUGGUGGCGCCGGCGGUCGAGGUGGCGCGCAACGGCUUCCGCGUCACGGAGGACCUGGUCCGAUACAUGGACAGCGUCACGCCGAACGGCAACUUCCUGACCGAGGACCCGUCGUGGGCCGUCGACUUCGCGCCCAACGGCGACCGCGUCAAGCUCAACGAGACCAUGACGCGCAAGCGCUACGCGGACACGCUCGACGUCAUCGCCAGAGAGGGCGCCGACGCCUUCUACACCGGCUCCCUCGCCAACGCCACCAUCGCGGCCCUGCAGAGGUCCAACGGCAUCAUGACGCUGGAGGACCUCAGGAACUACACAGUCGCCGUCAGGGAGCCCGCCCAGAUCUCCUACAGGGGGUACAAGCUCACGGCCUGCAACGCGCCGUCCGGCGGCGUCGUCGCCCUGAGCGCCCUCAACAUCGUCAGCGGGUACGAGGGCUUCGGCGACCCCGCGGCGAGGAACCAGACCGUCCACCGGAUCGACGAGGCCAUGCGCUUCGCGUACGGCCAGCGCACCAAGCUGGGCGACCCGUCCUUCGUCGACGGCCUGGCGGCGUACACCAAGGACAUGCUGUCCCCCGAGGUCGGCGCCGAGAUCCGCUCCAAGAUCUCCGACGUCCGCACCCAGAACACGUCGUGGUACAACCCCGAGGGCAUCGAGUCGCUCGAGACGCCGGGGACCUCGCACGUCGCCGUGGCCGACGCCAGCGGCAUGGCCGUCUCCCUGACCACCACCAUCAACCUCCUCUUCGGCUCGCAGCUCAUGGUCCCCGAGACGGGCGUCAUCAUGAACGACGAGAUGAACGACUUCAGCAUCCCCGACUCCAGCAACGCCUUCGGCUACAUCCCGAGCCCCGCCAACUUCGUGCGCCCCGGCAAGAGGCCCCUCUCGUCCAUCUCCCCCGUCAUCGUCGAGCACCCCGACGGCAACCUGUACCUCGUCAUCGGCUCCGCCGGCGGCAGCCGCAUCAUCACCGCCACCAUCCAGAACAUCCACAACGUCCUCGACAGGAACAUGACGACGGCCGAGGCCUUGGCCGAGCCCCGCUUCCACGACCAGCUGAGCCCCAAUACGGCCGCUUUCGAGUGGGCCUACGACAACGCCACGACCAGCUACCUCCAGACGCUGGGGACGAACGUCACCUGGGUUGCGCCUGGCGGUAGCACGGCACAGGGCGUGAGACUGUUGCCGAACGGCACUUUCGAGGCGGCGGGUGAGCCGAGACAGAAGAACUCGGGAGGAUUUGCUGUAUGA